AUGACUUCUUUUUUAGGCCAACUUUCCCAAAAAAAUAAAGUUCUGGAUACUAAAAGUUUAAAUGAUACUCAGUCAAAUGGCUUAAAUGGUGAUAUUGUUAAUGAUGAAAGUAAUGGAAGCAAUGAUGCUUCUGAUGGUUGGAGGAAUCGGAUCAAAGAAAAUAACUUUCAAAAUAUUCUAGCAAUUCUUUUAAAUUAUAGUAAAGUGAUUCUAAACAAGAGAAUUCUUAUAAGAACAUUUGCAUUCUAUUUAAACAAUUCCAAAUGGUGGAUAUUCCCAGCAUUUAUAUUGUUUUUAAGUUAUUGCUAUAUUUGUCAAUUUUCAUUCUCAAAUAAUCAAUGUGCAUUUUGGAUAAUCAAAACCACUGAUCUUGAUUCACAGUAUAGAAAUUUCAUUGUCAUUAAUGAUGAUGGUCAUCACCAUCAUAACCAUGAAGUUGGUUUCGAGUAUAGUGAUUCAUUGGUUAGAGCUGCAGUUGAAGAACAAGUGAAAAAUAUAUGUGCUGCUGAAGUGGAAAAACGAAUUAAACCAUCACUGCCACAACAAGCCAAUCAUGAGGUUACAACUUAUCAAAGAUAUAUUGUUAAUGAUGUGAUUGCUAAUCUAAUUAGGAAUGAAAUUCAUAAAACAGUAGAAGAGAAAUUGCAUGACUAUUCACAGGAUAAAUUGAAUAGAGCUGAUUAUGCUCUUUUAUCAGGUGGUGCCAAGAUCAUAAGUGUGUUGACAUCUCCAACAUAUGAAACUUGGCCUACAAAGUGGUCUCAACAAAUUAUUGCAUCAGUAACUGGUCAUGGAAUCACACGAGGUAGACCACCAACAACAGCUAUUCAACCUGAAAUGCAUGUUGGUCAGUGUUGGCCUUUUUCUGGAGAAAAAGGUCAAUUAGCUAUAUUAUUGAGUAGAAAAAUAUUUGUUACAGCAGUAACAUAUGAACAUGUGACUAAAAAGUUAGCUAUGGAUGUUACCAGUGCGCCAAAAGAAUUUGAGGUUUGGGGUUUUGUUUAUGAUAUUGAUGAUAAUAAUAAUAAUCAACAGGGAAAAGUUGGCAAUGAACAAGGCGAUGAUGAUUAUGGAAAGGAAAAGGAAAAGCAGGAACAAGGGCAAAAUGAUGAUAAUCGGGACCUCAAAUUUGGAACUAGAAGCUAA